UGUUGCGCUUUAAAGCUCAGAAGCCUCAAGUCAAGUUGGAGAUAAACCAACAAGGGACGUUCGUCUUGGCAUUUGCUACAAAUCUGAGAGAAUUUCACUCUAGUUCAAGAGUGAAUGGGAAAAACUUUACCAAAGGCUACUUGUACAUAAAGUAGACAACAGCUUCAGUCAAACUCUGUCCUGCAUUUUUUUUUCUUUCUUUCCCCUUUUGCAUCCAGUCAACCAUGGAGUGGGGAUUACCCUCUCGGACAUCAGUUUUGGAAAGGAUGUCCAUGCUUUGGCUUGUCUCUCUUCUGAUCUCUGCAGGCAAAGUUGAGAUGUCUCACUCCACCAUAAGUGCUUCCCCACCCCACUUGUUCUACACCUGUCCCGAGGGUGCAACGGUUAAGCUGGUGUGCAAUCAGAGAGGUGCCCCCUUGCACAAUGAUUCUCUUAAGCACGCCUGGCUUUUCACGUCCCACAGUGACCAGCACUGUACAGGAGGAAAGGGCCCACGCAACUUUACACACAGCCACAACACCCGCUUGCCAGAAGGCAUGGCUUUCGGACAUUCGGACAAGGAUUUUUUUGUGCUUCUGAAAAAUGUAUCCCAAGCGGACCAGGGUCGCUACUGCUGUCUGCUCCUAGAUGUCAAGAUGCACCACAAUACCAUCAUGCAAAGGGCCCACAGCCACGUUAUCCUCCAUGUCACGCCACGAAGAAGCGGAUCCCCCAAUUGCACUGUUUGGGAUCCCAACCCACCUGCAGGUUCUGUGCCAGUGGCCUUGGCCCUGACAGCCUGCAUCUUGGCUCUGCUCUCUCUGCCUCUCAUUCUGGUGCUUGUGUACAAACAGAGACAGAGUGCCCAGUCAAACAAACGUGCACAAGAGCUGGUGAGAAUGGACAGUGACGCUCUGGGGCACGAGAACCCAGUGUUUCUCGGCGAAUCGCCUCAGCCAACGACUCGUACCGUCUCUCAGAUCAUGGCCAGGCAGUCCUCUGAGACAGGUCGCCACCUGUUGUCUGAGCCGGGAACACCACUUUCUCCUCCGGCCCACGGUGAUGUGUUCUUCCCAGCAGAAGACACCAUCCCCGAGUCUCCAGACUUCAUGCAGGUUUAAAGGGGAGUGAAACCACAUUAAUCGCUCCUAGUGCUCAUCUGGAAACAGUCCUGCAACUCUCUCUCUCUCUCCCUCUUCUCUCUGCCUCCAGUGAUGUUGUACCUUAGUGAACUUUUUCACAAUAACCUCUGCAGGGAUUGCCGUCUGUAUAUUGUCUGGACCGCAGGAGGGAAAACAAUGGCAUUUUUGAUUCAAAAACUAUUUCCAUCUGCAGCAAUAGCCAGAAGCCAAAGUCCAACUUUUGUUGUGGUGGGGGCUGGGUUUGGGUUAGAUGUUCCAGAGGACCAACUUGCGGAAUCUGGUGAGGCCCACUGUUUAUGGAGAUGGAUGUCCUGACAUGUUCGAGGGUGGGAUGUUAAAAGUGACAUGCGGCUCCUUCCAAAUCAGUUUGGUGCACGUGCACAUUGACUUGGUUUGGUUAAUUGAGGCUGGUUUGCUUUCUGUUAUACAAAUCCUACUGAUUUUUCUGCCAUAAUAAUGAUGAAGAUUACUUGGUAAACACGUCAGCACAUGAGGGAAGGAUAUUCCAUUAUGUUCCUACAUCCCUAGAUCAAACAAAACAACAACAACAAUACAUCUUUUUGUAGUGAAACCACAUCUGUAAAAGAGAUCUAAUGUCCACUUAUUCUUCUCAUUGUAAUUAAGUGGUCCAUACCAAAGGAGCCUUAACCAUAAGAGAAAUCCCAAUAUUACUGCACAGGAUGACAGUAAUUGGUUUUCAUGGCAUUAUGUGCAUUGUAUCAUUUAUACUUUGGCCCUGGCUCUUUUUCGCUUCCUUCUUUGCUACCUCAGUUUCUGUGAACUCUGUAGCUUUAAAUACUACUUCCUCCCUGUUCCUGUCCUCAGAAAUGCAGCACUUCACAGUGGCCUUCGGUAUAUUCGUAAAAUGCUGAAAAUUACUGAUUGUUUUUUCUGUUAUUCUCAUCAAAUUGUCAUGAGUAAAUGAAUAAAAAAAAAUAUAUUGUUGUUUAUCUCUUGAAUGUAGCUUGAAAGAAUAUAAAAAGACACCAAGAAAUAUGUUCAUUGGUUUAAUCACUGCCAUCACACUGUAACGUGUGUUUUUUAUUUUAAUUUUUUUAAUUUUUAUUUUUUCAUUUUCAUUUCAUUUUAGUUUCUAUAUUUGUGUGUGCAAUUGUGUAUAUGAUGAUGAUAAAAAGUGAACAUUAUUGUGGGUGUCUAGACAAAGGCGUUUUUUAAACCAAAGCCCUCUUGUAUCAAGGUGGAUUAAGAGAUAAAGAGAGGUUACUGCAAAUCACCGCAGUUUUGAAAUUACUUGUGUGACUUUUGCAAAACCACUGUUCUUUUUUUUUUUUUUUUUUUUCUCUCUCUCGAUGUAAAAGCAUGCAGCAGGUGCUUGGCGGAAAUCAUCUCUAAAAUAACAUGUAGCAGGUGUAGGAGGCAGGGUAUUAUGUAUAUAUGUGUUUUGUUUUUUUAAUGGCUGAAUACGUUUGAGUAUUUGUGUUUUCAAGCGUGCUGGUGUGUAUGUGUGCAAGUCUUUUCAAAGAGUAAGAUUGUGUCUGAUUGAAACCUGUGUGCGCGUGUGGGUUGGUGUGUGUAGGCAAGUCGUCAGCAUUUUCAAAAGGUUCGUCUUGGACAUGCAGUUGAUGCUGUGAAAGCAUGUUUGGUCUGUGUAAGCAUUUAAAUUGUCUCGUGAGUGGCUUGUAAAAUAAAGAGCUCUUAAACCGAA